UUACAGUAGACAUAAAGUAAAUAUGGGAAUAAGUUGAAAUCUGACUGAACUGACUUCUAACGUAAAUAACAGUGAGAUAUUCAUGUUUCGGCCCAGCCCAAGCUUGACACACCCUUAUUUUCUCAUAGUUUUCCUUCGUUGAUGGCUUAGUAUUAACUAAAUCGGUAUCCUAGUAACGCCAAUUCUAAACAAAUCAAUAUACAUAAAUGGAUUAGCGAGUGAAUCACUAUGGACUCCUUAAGCGAAAAGUUACUCUGGGAAGAUAAAGAAAUAAGAUUCGACACACCAAAUGUGCAAAACCACCUGCGUAGGGGUGAAAAGGUUCUGGACACAAUUUAUCACAUUGAAGACACCAAAGGUAAUGCCGGCGAUACUGGACGCCUUUUAGCAACCAAUUUACGUGUCAUUUGGUAUUCUUUAUCACAUAAAAAAUAUAAUUUGUCCAUCGGUUAUGGUCGCUUUGUCAAUACCAACACACGCUCGGUGGUGUCGAAAGCAGGUGGCCCAACGCAGGCGCUUUAUAUUUUGGCAACUGGCAGUAAUACCCGAUUUGAAUUCCUCUUCGCAGAUAUUUCUGGAGACACGGCACGAAAAGAUCAACCAAUUUUUCAAAGCAUAUUCGAAAUCUAUCAUUUAUAUCAACGAACUUACUUAUAUAGAGAUCUGAAAUUACGUGGCGCUAUAAUACUCUCGGGACAGCUAAUAAUUAUGCCAGAGGAAAUGGUUUGUAAUAAUGUCAAUGGUGUUUGGAAUCUCUCAAGCGAUCAAGGCAAUUUGGGUACGUUUGUGGUCACCAAUAUCCGUUUGGUAUGGUUUGCAGAUGCAAAUGAAACAUUCAAUAUCAGUUUGCCCUACUUGCAAAUUUCAAAUAUACGCAUUCGCGAAUCAAAAUAUGGACCCGCACUUGUUAUACAAACUGCUGAAACAGGUGGAGGCUAUGUGCUGGGUUUUCGUAUAGAUCCCGUAGAGCGUCUUAAUGACAUAUACAGGGAACUCGUUUCAUUUCACGCCAUUUAUUCAGAGAAUCCCAACUUUGGAGUGUGUUACGACUCAACGGAAGCACAAAAACGUUUAGCCAAGAUGAAAGACACAGAGGAACUAAAAACCGAGGAAUUUCAAGAGAUCGAUAAUCGUCAAGAACGUGAAGUUAACACAAAACUUAAUACCUAUUUGGCCGAAGGUACUGCUGUAGCCGGUACGGAAGCUGCCGUCAGAGAGCCAGUAUAUUGCAAGGAGUUGGGUUUCGCAAUGGAGCGCAUACGAGAUGGUUAUAAGCUACAAGAUUUAUGGGAUGUACUGCCAAGGGUAGAGGACGACUAGACUCAUACAUAUAUACAUAAAUUAAAUAGAAAGAAAAUAAAAUAUUUU